CUUGAAUAUGCAGAAGGUGGAAAUUUCAACAAUUAUUUAGAUAAUAAUUAUGAAAGUUUUGAUUGGCUUAAUGGGCUGAAAGUAUUAACUAAUAUUAUUAGUGGUCUUAGUAAAAUUCAUCAAAACCAGAUGGUUCAUCGUGAUUUCCAUAUAGGAAAUAUAUUGUUUGUAAUUGAUGGAUAUUGUUACAAUGAUUAUAAUGCAUGUAUUUCUGAUAUGGGAUUAUGUAGAAAAAUUGAUGAUAUUGAUGAAACAAGUAUAUAUGGAGUUAUACCUUAUGUAGCUCCAGAGGUAUUAAGAGGAAAACCAUAUUCUCAAGCAGCAGAUAUAUAUAGUUUUGGUAUGAUUAUGUAUUUUGUAGCAACAGGGAGACAACCUUUUUCUAAUUUUUCUCAUGAUGAGAUUUUAGUAUUAAAUAUAUGUAAUGGGAUUAAACCUGAAAUAAAUGAAAAAAUUGCACCAAAAUGUUAUGUUGAUUUAAUGAAAACGUGUUGGGAUUUAGAUGCAGACAAUAGGCCAAAUUCUAUUGAAAUAAAAGAAUUUAUUGAAUUAUUUUAUAAUUCAUUAGAUCAAAAUUUCAAAGUAAAGAAGAAACAACACCAUGAAAUCGAAGAACAAUUUAAAGAAACACAAGAGUCUAGAAAAGAAAACCUUUUAACAAUUAAAAACAACAAAUCAACUACCCAUGCAAAAGCUAUUUAUACUUCUCGAUUACUUAAUCCCUUUACAAAAAUUCUUUCAGAAUAUGAUGAUAAUAUUAAUAAUAAUACUGUAGAAAUUACUGAUUUUGCAAAUUUUUAAGCUAUAACCAUAUUUGUGAAUAACAAUUUAAAUGUUUAAGGUAAAGAGUAAUUUUAAAUAAAUGUUAUGAAAUAUUCUUUUUUUUUGAAGAGGAAUUAUUUUAACUAAGUUUACUUGUGAC